GGCAAGUGGACGCGGUCUCGUCACGUCUUCGAGGCAAUGAAACCGGCAACAAUGAUACGGGGUUUAGGAAAUGUCUUAAUGCUGGUAACACUGGUUGUUGCGAAACCGGCCUCGGAGGUCAACGUCGAUUCCUCGGGGCCAGUCGUUAACCUCCAGGGCUCGGGAGAUCCUGGAAGAGCUCAGGUCAUUGUGAACGUGCCAGGGCAGGUCAACAUGAGUGCCGAUGGCCAGGCUCUGGUGUUGCUCCUGUCCGAGAAAGGUCAAGGGCUUAGGGUGGACAUUAAUGGAGUGUUGGUAUCUGACCUUAUUGAUGAUAACGACCUUACUACAUCAGCCCCGGAACAGGUCACCACACCGCCAGUCUAUCAAACUACCCAACCUCCAGUGCCCCAGACCUCUCAACCUCCCGUGCCCCAAACUUCACAACCUCCAGUGCCCCAAACCUCUCCACCUCCCGUGCCCCAAACUUCACCACCUCCAGUGCCCCAGACCUCUCCACCUCCCGUGCCCCAAACUUCACCACCUCCAGUGCCCCAGACCUCUCAACCUCCCAUGCCCCAAACUUCACAGCCUCCAGUGCCCCAAACUACACAGCCUCCAGUGCCCCAGACCACUCCAGUACAACCCACCACCCAAGGCCCACCAAAGAUAAACCACAACAGGAACUGCCUGACGAAGAAAGAGGAAGGGUUCACCAGUAGCGGCAUCUACACCCUGCAGCCGUUCGACUGCUGCCCGGACAGGGAUGUGGACGCCCCCUGUGACAUGACCACGGACGGGGGUGGCUGGACGGUCAUCCAGAGACGCCAGGAAAACCCAUCCCACCAGGAGGACUUCUACAGGACGUGGGACGAGUACGUCGACGGCUUCGGCGACCUCACGGGCGAAUUCUGGCUCGGCCUCGACAACAUCCACGCUCUCACGACCCAGGCCAACUACGAGGUCCGCAUCGACCUCGCCGACUGGGAUGGCGCCACCACAUGGGCCCGGUACAGCACGUUCCUCGUCAAAGACCGAGCCAGUAACUACCAGCUGCAGUUGGGAAGUUACUCGGGCAACGCAGGAAAUUCCUUCGCCUACCACAACAUGAUGCCGUUCUCCACCAGGGACGGCCCGGUCAAGAAUGACUGCCCCAAGACUUCCCACGGUGGAUGGUGGUACAACAGCUGCCACUACGCCAACCUGAACGGCGUGUACAGGAAAGCCUUCAACAUGGACGGUGACAGCAUCGUGUGGUUCAGUUUCCGCGGACCGAGCUAUUCCCUCAAGUUCUCCGAAAUGAAGAUCAGACCGACGGCAUAACAGGGGCGAUGAGGUCACGGCGCGCGGGCUGUUGUUCUCGCUGGCUGCCUCUCGUGUUUGUUUGUUUGGUUGUGAUGGAGGAGGCUAGACAUGGAUAGAAUGUGGUUGUUCCGAAUGGUGGAAGGUUGGUUUCUCUAUUUGUGUGUGUGUGUGUGUUAUUUUUGUUUCUUUUGUUCAUUCUCUCUCUCUCUCUCAUUUAUCUCUCUCUCUUCUCUAACUUCUCUCUCUCUCUUCUCUCUCUUUCUCUCUCUCUCUCUC